AUGUAUGAAAGAUUUGGUCAACAACAAAUUGUCUGCAUCCCAGCCUCAGUGUCUCCUUAUGCUCCGGUUUAUGAUGCUGAGUUCUUGGAAUCUCCAAAGAGCAUCCCCGAACCUCCAAGCAAGAUCUGUGGUACUCAACUCCCAAGUUGGAAAUCUAUUGAGAAAGCUGAUGAACCACCAUCAAUAGAUGCUAAAUCCAUCAAACCGUCUACCACGCCACUCAAGCGUCGUCAGGGUCAAGCAUCUAGUGACGUCGAUAUCGGAGCAUUUCUUGCUCGGGAAGAUGAAGAAGGCAUCGAAUGCCCAAUCUGCUACUCCAGUCGUACCAUGAGGGAUGCUCAACUACGAUACCCAAAAUAUGAAAGAGCGUGUCUUGCAUUGGUUCAUGCGAUACAUAAGUUCAGGAAUUAUCUACUAUCAAACAGAGUUGUGCUGGUGGCCAAAGUCGAUCCCAUAAAAUUCUUACUGUCGAAGCCUGCACUGAUUGGGAGACCGGCAAAAUGGCUAUUUCAGAUGUCAGAGUUUGAUAUAGCAUGUGCUCCGCCUCGAGCAAUCAAGGAACAAGCAGUUGCAGAUCUACUUGUCGUUUUCCCGGGAGAAGACAUCACGAUGCUGCAUGAAGAAGUGCCCGGUGAAUUUCCAGAGAUCUCAAUCAUUCAGGAGGAAACAUGGAUAUUGUACUUUGAUGGAUCCGCCACUCCGAUCAAUGAUACUGGCGAUGCAGGCAUUGUGCUAGUAUCUCCAUCUGGUGAACAAGCAGGAGUAAUGCAUCUGGAGAUAAGAGGAGACUCAAAGUUGCUGGUCAAUCAAAUGAAUGGUGUGUACUCUCUCAAAGAAGUAACACUCGCCCCAUUCAGAGCCGAAGCACAAAGGCUAUUAGCUCAUUUCUCUGAUGCGAGAAUUGUGCAUACUGACCACUCCAACAACCGACACGAUGACUGCUUAGUGAAUCUUGCAUCUAAGCUGCAGUUUGAAGGGUCAGAGAAAUCCAUCAUUGUGCAAAGACGUUCUGUAUCUUCCACCUGGCUCACUCAAGUUGACGAUGCUCAAUCGAGCGACUGGCGGGCACCCAUUAUUCAUGAAUUGAGCAGUUCUCUUAUAAAAGGGAAAAUCAGCCUCAGAGAAUUAAAGAACUUAUUUCUGCUGCAUGGAGCAUUGUAUUAUCGCAAUCCCGACGGAUCCUUAUCACGAUGCCUUGGAGAUAAGGAAGCAAGUGAACAACUCAAACGCAUACACGAGGAAAUAUACGGACAAACCCUGGUACUCACACUUUACAGAAGGCUUCAAAUACUCGGAUAUUAUUGGCCCUCCAUGGAGGCUCAGUCAAGGAUGCUACAAGGGUCCUGUCCCAAUUUCCAUACACCACCUCAUCAUUUAGAAGUUCUAACAAUUCGUCACACUGGGGACUGGAGAGAACCUUACAUAAAGUAUCUUCUUGACAACGAUCUACCGUAA